AUAACUCUUUUCCGACCGUAACUCUACAUUUUUCAAGUAAAACCUAACCCGUCGUUAAUUAACGUUGGAUCUUUCCAUUGAUUUAAAUCUUUGCAGAUUCGCCAUUUCCUCCGUUCAUAAUGAGUCUUGUAGCGAAAUUAAUUGGUAAACGGUACAUUACCCAGUCAAUCAAGUACGUUCCUAGCGCAGGUUUUUAUGGCGCUACAGGAUUCACCCUCUUGUGUUACUUUACUGAUUGGAAAUUGGUAUUGCAAUACGUGCCAUACUACAACACAAAAUUUCCAAAGGAAGUGGCAGUGGAAGAAUAGUCCAAUAAACAAUAUGUAAAACAAUAUAGCGUUCUUAAUAUCUGUUAAAAUAAAAACAGUACAUUUGAUCAAUAUGUAUCUACUAAUUGGUAGGUUUUUUUUUUUGUGAAGGAUAUUAUGUACUAUUAUUUUAAGAAUUGUUAAAUAAAAUACCAAUUAUAAUUAGCCUUUAAAUAAUUUCUACUUACCUUGAAUUAAAACAGURUAAUUUGUUA